UGACUAGGCUGUGGACCAGCACGUUUGCUUUUUUAGUCUGGGCCAAGGAUCAGAUAUGGGUCCGUGACGGUGGCGCAGUAUGUGCCGUCCUGUUCUCGCCUUUCCUAGUUCAUUCUAGUGGGCCGUCGCCGCCGUGGUAACCUAGGGUGUGGGGGACAAAAAGGGGAGCGUGUCGCGGAGGUCGGCCUACCGGACUGCGGCGGCGCCGGUGUUUCCACGUCGGGCUAGCGACGGAUGGACGCCGAGGGUAUGGAGUUCCUGCUUGAUGCGGUGGUCAGGUUGGUUCCGGAUUCCCCGUACGGGAGGGAUUUGCUGACAGCCUUGACCACCCAGAUCCAGUUCCACUCCAUUAUCUGCUGGAGAAGGGGAGUGCAACCCAGGAUGUUGGGGAGGUGAAUGGUGUUUCUGGGCUGGCUCAAAUGGAGGACGAAGGAGCAGCUACAGACCGACAAGAAGGUGACCAGCGUUUUCGUGCUGAAUCUCCGACGAGGUCCCCCGGAUGGACUAAAAGACCGAGUGCCAUGCCCAUCGAGGAUGAGCGCUCUCGAGGUUUCAAUCCUCAAAUAUGCAGAGCAGCCUGACAAGAGCGUUGUUAGACCUGAGCUAGGACUCAGUUUUGAUUCGUUGGGCGAGGCAUAUGAUUUCUAUAACCUAUAUUCUUGGGAAUUAGGUUUUGGCAUAAGAUAUGGAAAAAGCAGACUCAACGCCGAGAGGACAAAAGGCAUGCAGGAAAUAGUUUGUGGUUGCUCGGGGAAACCGGAAACCGGAAACAGUCAGUCCUGCAUAUGUGAGUUCCCAGCUCUGAUCAGGCUUCUGCGUGCAUCUAACAACAGCUGGUACAUAACAGAGCAUCGAGCGAGUCACAACCAUUCCAUGUCGCUGACAAUGGGAGAGAAAGUGCACUGGCCUUCUCAUAAACACAUAGAUAUAUACACUAAGCAUUUGAUAAAGCAACUGAGGGAAAACAAUGUUAACCUUGGGAAGGUAUACAGCAUAGUUGGGAGCUUCUUUGGUUCGGUCAAGAAGGUCCCUUUCACGAAGAGGACGCUCAGGAGUAUUUGUGGGAAGAUUAGCCGUGAACAGGCUGAAGACGAUGUCCAAAAGACACUUGAGGCGUUCGCUGACAUCCAGGCCAAUACCAUUGCCAAACUGAUUUUGAAUUUUUUUGAACGGGUCGCCGGCAUCCGAUGGGAGGUUCUCUCGCUGAAUCGGCAAGUAGUGGCACAACCAGAGGGGCGGGGCAUGAUGCGUUCGUGGGAUUGAAUCUUCCUCCUUCACCUCCCUCCCGCGUGGACUCCGCAUCUAGCGCCUGGAGCACGACGCAUCUGCCAGCGUAUGUCGACGACGCUAAUGGAGAGGGCGAGGUCGUCCAGCAAGAUGAGUCUGUCCACCGGACUCUCACCCAUUGAUUUGGGCAGCAUGGUGGGGCAAGAUUCAUGGGAAGAAAAAUUUGGUGAUUAUGAUCCAGCUGCUGCUCCGGAUUCGCCGCGUAGCACUGGUAGUUCUGCCAUCGACGACCGAUCUGGUGUCCUCUUUGGUGGCAACGUGGAAGACUGAAGAUGAGGAGGACAUUAUCAGCAUGCCGCCUAAACGCCGCCGUAUAAUAGACUAGGUCGCGUAGCUAAAUGAGAACUGGUAAGUGAUUUGUGUGCUAGAAGAUGUUGGUUAAUUAGUAUCGUUCACGCGUUCCGUUGUGACGGCCCUGUUUGUAAAAUCUACUUCCUUGUUUCAUUUUCACUGGUUGCAUCCUUGAACCUUAAACACGUGGGGAUCCAUUCUGGGUUAAUUGUCUGGCUUCCUUCA